AUGUCGAAUUAUAACAAGCCUAACGAGCUCAAAUUGGACGCUAACGCAAGUGAAAACUGGCGACGUUUUCGGCGAGAAUUUGAUCUAUAUUUAAAAGCAUCAAGUCUAAUAAACGCCGAUGAAGUACGUAAAUGUGCUUUAUUACUCAAUUUUGCCGGUGAAGCAGCCCAGGAGUUAAUCGAUUCAUCUGGUAUGUCCGAAGAGGAUCAAGAAAGCCUCGAAUUAGUUAUUCAGUUCUUCGAAGACAGAAUAAAUCCUAAAGUCAAUGUCACGUUUCUACGAUUCAAGUUUUUAUCACGGUCUCAAAAAGAAGACGAAUCGUUUGAAGAAUUCUUAGCUGCCUUGCAGAAACUAGUUCGUGGGUGUAAAUUUAAUGAUCAAGAACAGUCCUUAAUAAAAGAUCGAAUUGUAAUUGGUACUAAAGAUAAAACCCUGCAAGCCGAUAUGUUGAAAGUUCCUGACCUAAAUUUAGAAGAAGCUAUCGAGAUGGCCAGAAUUCAGGAAUCGAGCACUGCACAAGUUAAAGCGAUCAACGAAUGUUCCGCGUUGUUAUCCACCGAAAAAGAUAAAAUAGACGCAUUUAAAAAUAAAAAUAAAUAUAAGAAUCGUUCUCGAAAUCGUCGUGAUAGUGAAUAUUCUUCUAAUCGUAAUGAAAAUAAUCGUGAUAAAAAUGAUAGACAAAGUGAUAAUGAAUCUUACCGGUGUAAAAAGUGUGAUACCGUUCAUCGUAGACGUGAAUGCCCUGCAUACGGCAAAAAGUGUUCGAAUUGCGGUUACUUCGGUCAUUUUGCCAUCGGUUGUAAAUUUAAAAACAAGCAUUCGAAAAAUCGAGAUAAAAAGUUCCAUACGUUGAAAGACAAUUCGAGCAGUGAUAGCGAUUCUACGUUCUCGUUUAAUGCGAUUAAAAUUAAUAAAAUCGGAAAGAAAGCUUCCUGGUUCGAAAAUAUCACGAUUAGUAACGAUGUGAUACCUUUCAAGUUGGAUUGUGGUGCUGAAAAUAAUGUUCUACCGUAUAAAAUAUUCAAGAAACUUGGCAUCGAUGAAAGUAAAAUAAAAUCUUCAUCCGUACGUGCAGUCGCAUAUGGUAAUACAGAGAUCAACGUAGUUGGCGAAAUAAAAUUGAAGUCUAAAGUGAAAAAUCAAAUUCACAAUAUCGAAUAUUUAAUCGUUGAUGUCGACGACGACCCAUUACUUGGUUUAAGUACCUGUGAAGAGCUGAAAUUAAUUAAACGAAUAAACAAAGUUUCGAAAGCGGAUCUAUUGAAGGAAUAUGCGGAUGUAUUCAGAGGCAUCGGAAAAUUUAAGGAAAAGUAUACCCUUAAAUUAAAAAAGAAUGCAGUCCCAACGAUUUGUAAGCUGAAACGCGUUCCUGAAAGCAUCCGGAAAGAACUGAAAAAAACGCUGGAUAGAUAUGAAAAAGCUAACAUCAUAUCUAAAGUAAAUAAGCCUACUGAAUGGGUAAGCAACAUGGCCGUUGCUGAGAAGAAAAGCGGAAAACUUCGUUUGUGUUUAUUUCCGUUAGAAUUGAACGAAGCGUUGAUACCGGACGUUCAUCCUAUUCCAACAUCGAAGGAAAUUAUUCCAGAAUUAGCCAAUAAAAAGGUAUUUACGGUAGCAGACGUCAGUGAAGCGUUUUUCCAUACAGAGCUUGAUGAAGAAAGCAGUGAACUAACCACAUUCAUCACACCUUUUGGAAAAUACAAGUAUAAUUACCUGCCACAAGGUCUUAAUAUCUCUGCUGAAGUACACCAAAGAAAUAUUGAGAAGGUAUUCGAAGGUUUGCCUGUGUUCCCGUAUAUUGAUGAUUUUAUUAUUGCUGGAGAAGACGAAGAAGAACAUGAUCGAAUUUUAAAAUUAGUGCUGGAUCGUGCCAGAGAGCACAACGUUCGUUUCAACAUCAACAAACUACAAUACAAAAUGUCCAAAGUCAAAUUUUUAGGACUGAUUGUAUCUCGUGAUGGCGUCGAAAUUGAUCAAGAGUAUGUUGAAGCGGUCAAAUCUCUUGGAAUCCCAAAAAAUCAAGAGGAACUUGGUUCUUUCUUGGGAAUGGUGAAUUCGUUACGUCAAUUCAUACCCAACAUUGCUGAGAAAACAUCACUUUUACGGUCUUUGAUGAAAAAAGGUACUGAAUUCAUUUGGACCUCAGAUCAUACAGAAGCUUAUAACAAAUUGAUCGAAACACUGACCUCUACACCUACGUUGCGCAUCUUCGAUAGUAAUAAACCAAUACGUGUAGAUUGUGAUGCUUCCAAGAAUGGCCUUGGAGCAUGUUUGAAACAAGACAAUCAACCAGUGUAUUUUAUGUCUCGAGCUCUCACUGAAACAGAAAUUCGUUAUUCACAAAUCGAGAAAGAAUUACUUGCGAUCUGUUUUGCAGUUGAGAAAUUUCACUACCAUAUCUACGGUCGACACGUUGAUAUCUAUACUGAUCACCUCCCGCUCCUACGUAUUAUGGAGAAGCCUUUAUCUAAUCUUACAUCACGAUUGCAGAAAAUGAGAAUGAGAUUACUACCGUAUAAACUCAAGUUGCAUUUUAUCAAAGGAAAAGAUAAUAAAGUUGCUGAUCAUCUGUCAAGGUAUUAUUCUCUAACAACGAAAUCGAAUACUGACUUCAUGGACGUGCAUAUUCACUCUGUUCGUUCAAAUUUCAAACCAAGCGAUGAAAAGUUGAAGUCUAUCAAGGAAGAAACUUCAAAAGAUCCAAUUUUGUCGCAAAUUUUGAACGCAUAUCGUACUGAUUGGCCUGAAUUGAAAGAUUUGUCUCCAGAUGUGAAGUACUAUUAUGAAUUACAAGAUGACAUUUUCGAAGAAGAUGGUAUCCUUUAUUUGAACCAUAAAAUACUCGUUCCGAAGUCACUUGUUCCACAAUUCUUGAGCAAAAUUCAUGAAGCUCAUUUGGGUAUUGAGAAAACGAAGGCAAGAGCUAGAAUGAUAUGUUUUUGGAGAAAUAUCAAUCACGAUAUCGAAGAAGUCGUCAAGCAAUGUAAAAUUUGUGAAAAAUAUGCCAAUAAACCUCAAAAAGAGCCUCUCAUUUCUCACGAGCUGCCUGGUCUUCCAUUUGAAAAAAUUGGAAUGGAUAUUGCCGAAGUACGAGGUAAACAUUGUCUAGUGAUAGUCGAUUACUACAGUCACUGGAUCGAAGUUCACAAAUUGAAAAAGUUAGAUGCAGAUACGGUGGUUAAUAAAUUGAAAAAUACGUUUAGUCGAUUUGGUGUUCCUGCCAAUGUAAUUAGCGAUAAUGUUCCAUUCAACAGCAAACAGUUACAUCAAUUCGCAUCUGCAUGGAAUUUCAAUAUGACGUUUACCAGUCCUCGUUACCCUCAGUCAAAUGGUAUGGCUGAAAAAGCUGUUGGCAUCGUGAAAAAGCUAAUCAAAAAAGCAGCCGAAUCCAAUAACGACAUUGAGGCGGCUUUGCUCGAAUACAAUAACACUCCGAUCAAAAAUCUGAACUAUUCGCCUGCUCAGUUGCUACAGAAUCGGUCACUACGUACGAAAAUUCCUAUUCAUAAAAAGAAUCUAUCUCCGUCAAUACCUGUUGAUGUGAAAUAUAAGCAAGAAUUAAAUCAACAGAAACAUGAAUUUUAUUAUAAUUCAUCAGCCAAAGCAAGAGAAGAAUUUCGUAUCGGUCAAUAUGUAACAGUCAGAGAUGGUGCAGUUUGGUUACCUGGAAAAAUCGUCGGAAAGGCAGAAGAGCCGCGUUCAUACUACGUUUCCAUGAACAAUAAUACUUCUGUUUUGCGCCGAAACGCGUCAUUUUUGAGACCCUUGAAGAAUAAUCCUACGUUUCAAACUUCUCAUACUAGGCCGCGUAGAAAAACAGAAGAACAACAGAUAGAAAAUGAUGAACAACCUCAGGAAAUUCAACCUACACCUACGGUGAGCCAAGAAAUGAUUGUUGAAAAUGAUAAUCAAAUACGGCGUUCUCGAAGGGAAAAGAAAUUACCCAAUAGACUGAAAGACAGUGUAUAUAAUUAUUCUAGUUACGAUAUAUAA